GGGGUUUGUAUACAGUCGCAGAUGCCAGCGAGGUCGAGACGUACCUGUUACACAUGCCCACCGUGAAGCUGCUAAAUGUGGUCUGUGAUCUCUCGGCAGCCCGACCAAACACAAAGUUACAACUCUGCGGGACAUUGCUCAAACGCAAAGCGAAGGUUCUUCUGGUACUCACAGGAGUCGCACUAAUACAAUAUGCAUCAAGACGGCAAGUCUGCGAGACCGAAAGUAUUGAUACCAGAGAAGGUAUCGCCAGACGGCCUUCGACUGCUGCAGGCUGCUCUUCAGGUCGACGAGCGGAAAGGGCUUAGCGCGGAAGAGCUGCUCAACAUCAUCAGCGAAUAUGAUGCCCUCAUAGUACGUUCGGAAACGAAGGUCACAGCGUCACUCCUGUCAGCUGGAAAGAAGCUUCGGGUCGUCGCCCGCGCUGGCGUUGGAGUCGACAAUGUGGAUUUGGAGGCCGCCACGAAAUUGGGCAUCAUCGUCGUAAACUCACCACAAGGUAACAUCAACGCGGCCGCCGAGCACACCAUCGCACUCCUUAUGGCAACGGCACGUAAUGUAGGGGCUGCGUGUGCAAGUCUGAAGGCUGGCAAGUGGGAACGGAGCAAGCUGGUCGGAGUCGAAGUUAAGGGCAAGACGCUCGGUAUCUUAGGUCUCGGAAAGGUCGGCCUUACAGUUGCUCGUGCUGCUGGUGGGCUUGGGAUGGACUUAGUAGCAUACGAUCCUUAUGCCAACCCAUCAUUGGCCGCGUCGGCGAACGUUGAGAUCGUUCCCACGAUGGACGAGCUCCUCGCGCAAGCUGAUUUCUUGACCAUACACACGCCGAUGAUUGCUUCAACCAAGGGCAUCAUAGGUGCCACCGAGCUUGGCAAGAUGAAACCUACCGCCCGCAUAUUGAACGUGGCCAGAGGCGGCAUCAUCGACGAGACCGCAUUGCUUUCUGCUUUGGAAGCUGGCAAGAUUGCAGGCGCUGCGGUAGAUGUUUUCACAUCCGAGCCACCUCAGCCUGGCGAUGCAGCUUCACGGCUCAUCGAGCAUCCCAACGUGGUAGCGACGCCUCAUCUUGGUGCAUCAACAGUCGAAGCGCAGGAGAAUGUGUCAAUCGAUGUAUGCACGCAAGUACUUCACAUACUUUCCGGGCAGCUGCCGCGCUCUGCCGUCAACGCACCAAUCAUCUUGCCAGAGGAGUACCGCACGUUACGACCGUUCGUGACGUUGUUGGAGAAGAUGGGCAGCUUGUACACCCAGCACUUCUCGCCAUCAAACACCGCCCGACGUCUCCGCACGUCUUUUGACCUUAUCUACGAAGGUUCACUGGCGUCCACCAACACAACGAAGCCACUCUUUGCGGCCUUGGUUAAGGGCCUACUCUCACCUAUCACCAGUGCCGACAGUCUCAACAUCAACAUCGUCAACGCGGAGCUGGUAGCUAAGGAGCGCGGCAUCCUUGUGAACGAGUCACGCAGCCGGGACAAGGUCGAGCAGGAAGGCUAUUCCGCCUCAGUCACGCUUCGCGCGCGUUUAGACCCGCGGUCUCCGUCCGCCAGCCGGACGCAACGGCCGGACCCUAUGUUGACGGCUACAACGGGACGAAGGCGGGCAGUCGACGAUCAAGUCAUUACUGGCUUCGUCUCGAAUAAUACGCCGUACAUUUCGCGCCUGGGCCGAUUCAGCACCUCCUUUGUGCCCGAAGGUACUCUACUGAUCUGCCGUAACUAUGACGAGCCUGGCAAGAUCGGUGUCGUAGGCGGACGGCUUGGUAAGGCUGGGGUCAACAUCCGCUUCAUGAGUGUUGCUCCGAUUGAUAAUCUUGGAGAAGAUGAAAGCUUAGCAAAGGUCGACAGCGUCACUGGGAACGGUGUGGCGAGGGCGGCGAAGGAGGCCUUGAUGAUUCUCGGCGUCGACCGCGCGGUCGAAGGCGAGGUCACACGAAGUCUAGUUGGCGACGAAGGCGUGCUUGAGGCUUCGGUCGUAGUACUCUAGCGGUUUGAACCGAAUGUUCACGCGGUUGCUGCUAUACAC